AAUGUUAAAUUCCUUUUUAUCAUCUCUCUUGAUCUUUUUUUAAUAUUAAGUUCUUCUCUCUUUUAAUCUCUAAAAACUCUCCAAAAUCUAGUUUUAGAUAAGUAUUUAUACACUAUAAAAACCUAUUCGGAAAAAAGUUGAACAUUGCUUAUAAUAUCAACACCACAACAUAGGUAUCGAUACUUCUACUUCUAAUUUCACCCAAUGGUUGGGCGCUUAGGCCUACAACAUCAAAAAAGCCCGUGCUUGCCCACAACCACAACCACAACUGGGCUCAAGCGAACGGUUGUCGACUCUUGGGCUUAACAAUCAACAACUGCAUGAGUAGACCCAAACAACCGAGGCCCUUUUUUUUUUUUUACUUUUUUGUAAUUUUUUUUCCAUUUCCUCACAAUCUCACCAUAUUUCAUGUUAUCCCGCUUAAUUCUACUGCCCAAAUUGUGCCCAAAUCGCUUUAGCCACCUCUUGUUAGACUUUUAGGGCAAAUUAAUAAUUUAGCAACUAAAAAUCCUUAGUAUAAAACUGAAAGUAAACCUAAACCUAAACAAAGCAACCAUUUUCAUCUUUCUUUUUUCUCUAUUCUCUUAACUUCCAACUCUCCCUUUCUCUUGUAUCUAUCUAGUUAACAAAGGUUGUGGCCGGUGGUGACCCACUUUGUGGUUGCCACCAAACUUGAUACCUAUUGUCCCUUUCUCUUCAUAAAUGUCUAUCACCCAUUCCUUUUUUAUCAACAAAUUGCCCAAAACCAAAGGUAUAAAUCCCUUCUCAUUUCAAAAAAUCUAAAAGAAUUUUUCAAAUUUUUAUUGUAAUUUCAAUCCCUUAUUUGUUAACUAAAUCCUCAUUGUUUGUUAGAAAACCUUAACCCUAAAAUGAAUCCAUUUGUUUUGAUGAUAAUAUUUGCUUGUGUUAAGUUCAUUUUUUAUCUAAAGUGUAGUGUGAUUAUCUUAUUGUGUUCACAUGGAGAUUAAUGGUGAAGAGCAUCAAUCAAUCAAUUCAAAUGUAAGCUUUUAGCUUGGAUCUGUUUUGAGUUAAUAUGUUUUUAGAGAUCAUAUCUAUUUUUGUGUUGCUAGCUACUUUGUUUCUAUGAAAACUAUUUACUAGAAGUUGUGGUUUUGAAAAUUGUUUGUGUUGAUUAAGGUUAGUGUGAUGCUUACAUUAUUAAUGUAAGUUUGUUGAUUUUAAUUUUC